AAGGUUAGCACAAACUGGAUCCUUGUAUCUUGGUUUUACAAUUGAAAGGGAUUAUAUUCGCAUAGGAACACAAGUCAAUAAUCAUGUCUCACAGCUGGGGAUAUGGACCAUCUGAUGGACCUGAGAAGUGGUGUGAUGGCUUUCCUGUUGCUAAUGGACCCAGGCAGUCUCCUAUUGAUAUCAUUCCUGGUCAAACCUCCUACGAUUCUACCUUGAAGCCCCUCAAACUGAACUAUAACCCAUCCAACUCCACAGACAUUCUGAACAAUGGCCAUUCCUUCCAAGUUGGCUUUGUGGAUGAUGUUGACAGUUCAACACUGACCGGAGGCCCCAUCACCGGCAUAUACAGGCUGAAGCAGUUCCACUUCCACUGGGGCGCCAGUGACGACAGGGGCUCUGAGCACACCGUCAAUGGAAUCAAGUUCCCCUGUGAGCUCCAUCUGGUGCACUGGAACACCAAGUACCCUAGCUUUGGCGAGGCCGCUAGUGAACCCGAUGGACUCGCUGUGGUUGGAGUGUUUCUGAAGAUUGGUGCUGCAAACCCCAGACUGCAGAAGGUUCUCGAUGCUCUGGGGGCCAUCAAAUCAAAGGGAAAGCAAACUACAUUUUCCAACUUUGAUGCCAAAACUCUGUUGCCUUGCUCACUGGACUACUGGACAUAUGAUGGCUCCCUGACCACUCCCCCUCUGCUGGAGAGUGUCACCUGGAUCGUCCUGAAGGAACCGAUCAGUGUCAGCCCUACCCAGAUGGGUAAAUUCCGCAGCUUAAUGUUCAGUGGUGAUGGAGAGGCACCUUGCUGCAUGCAGGACAACUACCGGCCCCCUCAGCCUCUCAAGGGACGCAAGGUCCGCCGGUCCUUCAAGUAAACAGCUAUGCAUCACGCCAUCCCCCAUCCCACAAUUGCCGAUCCCCAACCUUUCCCCUAGAUUAUAUAUAUAUAUUGUGUGCCAUUUUAUAUGCAUUGCUAUCAGAAUCUGCAGAUUGUUAACCCUAU